AUGACGUCGCUGACUCUCAGAGAGAUCGGGGUCACCAACAACGUAGGAGAUGAUCACGACGUCCUAGAGCUCUUUGCAGCGUGCCGCGAGAGCGUGGUCCAGGUGGCGGUGUCGCACCUGCUGCCAGAUCAUGUCGCAGUGACCACGAGAAAUGGUUUUGUCGAGCUCAUCGACACCGCCACUGGUGAAUUUCGUCUUUUCCUGACGUAUCUCGACCGAAUUCCUCUCGAUGCCUCGCUGCGGUGCUUCUCGCUUGUGCCUAGCCUCUACGCGGCCUCGCAGCAGCAUCACCAUCGCCCUCGUCAGCACAACCUCCUCUACUCCCUCUCCUACUCCAACGAGCUCCUGUUGGGAAACGUGGAGACGGGCGCGGUGCGUGUCUUCGCAACGUGUGAGAGCCGACCCAGUGUGGUGGAGUGCGACGGGGACUACAUCAUCUGUGGCGAGGGGACCGGACAGGUGACGGUGUGGCGCACGAGUGUGGAGGAGGAAUGGGACGCGCGAUAUGCCUCCAGCUCUGGCGCAUCCACUUUCCUAUUGCCGCCUCUGUGGAAGGCUUGUCUCUUUGAUAGCACCGUCGUCUGUGCGAAUCUCUAUCGAGAUCAGCUCGUGUGCUGCUCGGCAGACUACCGCUGCGUCGUGACGUGCGUGGAGGACGGGGUUGUGCGCGCCAUCCUGCCCCUCGAUCUGAACCAGGCGGUGGCUGUGUUCGCUCUGACGAUGCCAUCGACGGCAUCGUUGCUGCACAAAAGCCUAGUCGUGUGCCUCACCUCGCGUGUUUCCGUCUUCACAUCGAGGCCAACCCGCGACACGGCUGGUUCAGCGCAGCUCUCCCCGUCUUCUGUACCGACGGCAGAGCACUUGGAGUGGUGGACGCGCCAAGGGGACUGCGUUGUCGGACGAGAGGAGGUGGCGUGUGCUUCAUGUCUCGGGGGCUAUCUGGCAGCUGGCACCAUCUCUGGGCUGGUGCUACUGUACUCCUGUGACGCUGCCGAGUCGCUGGUGAAGGAGUUGGUGCGCUUCAACGUCGGCUACGGCGUCACGGGCAUGCAGCUUUUCCCCAACGACACACUCCUUGUCGUCACAUCGGUUGGGGAUGUCUGGCGAUGGCCACUGUGCGAUUUGCUGUGCGACGCGAACGCGAGCGGCGCAGAAGGCGAGAAGGAUGAGGUGACGGAGGCGGAGCCGACGGCCGCUGCACACCAGCCUCCGCUGCCGUUGGCCGCACCACGGGUGCCAGCGGCUCCGCCUCCGCAGGGUAAAGCUCUGCAUACUGAGCCGCGUGUGCCUACCACCCCGCACGAGGUGAGCUACACUCAGGAGGGUGACACAGAGGACCGCAGCUUUUCAGCCCACAACACCUCGACUCUGGCACACACACCGCAGAGAGAGCGCGAGGGAACCGCAAAGGUAGAGGAACUCGUCACGGCAGUAUGUGUCGGCGCUGACGUCUCUUUAGUUGGUGCCCGCAGUGACGCUGAAGAGCAGGGCACCCCAUCGGUACAUCUCUCUACUGCAUCUGGGUCUCUUCGGGCCUUGAGCGCUUCCUCCGAGGACGACGGUGACGAGGACCACCCGGACGAGCGCGGCAACGACAACACAGACAUGGACGCGCGCCGCGCCGAGCCAGCGACAGUUUCGUGUCUUCCGCCGCCGCCUCCGCUGGCGUCGCCGGCGGUUUCAGAUAAGUCUGAGGAGAAGAGAGGCGUCGGUGGUGUGGCUCGAUGCGCCACUGAGUCUCAGCGGCGGACCCUCUACGACCCGGAGCACAGCACUGAAGAGGUGGAGGUGAUGGACGUGGACGUGCCGUCCAGUGCUGCUGGAAAUUCGGCCGACCUAAGUCACGAUGGCCUGCGCAUCGCUGUCUCACCGCCUUCCACUGCAAACACCACCGCCCACCACGACGCAGCGUUGGAGAACAGUGGCGCAGACGUACCAGAGGUGGCAGCGAGGGGGUCAGCUGCAGGCGCAGCAGCAGUAGCAGCCAAGGAGGGAACGAUCAGUGCCAAGCACAUGCAGUCCUUCCAGAGCAACCACGGCGACCUCCGCGACACCGUCAGUGUGACGCAAGGUACUGUCCACACCAGCCCAGGUAUUGCAAGCAGACAGGGAACGGGCAUGAAGGCUGCCGUGGACGACCUGGAGCUCGAGUUCGCGCACGCAAUGAAGCGACUGCUAGGGCCAUCUGUGGGCGUUGAAGGCCUCCGCAAGGACCGUCGUAUGAAUCCUCGAAAGGUGGCUGGCGUUCUCGCCAACCUCACGAACCAGCAGGCAGCCGCAGCGAGUGGCAAAGGGCUCUCCCAUGAGGCACCAUCGCAGCCACGUGCACUCGAGGGGCCGAACAGUACCAAGUUGCUGGAGGAGAAACGUGCAACGCUAGAGGCAGCCGCAUUCGACUUUGACGCGUACCGGCAUGCUCACCGCCUGGAGGUGGAUGCUCUGCAGUACCACCACCCUGUGCGGGCUCCUACCUACACCCUGCAGGAUCGUGUCUUUGAUGCCGUUGAGUCCACGGGACGUCUUUGCGACAAGGAGGCCGGGAGAGCCACUGGAGCCGCAGGGAAUGCCGCUGUCACUCUCCCCGCAGCGCCAGAGGAUGAGCUACGCGACGUGACGUACGGCAAGGUGAAGUGGACUCUCGACCCUCACAUCGCUGAGGAGCGUCGGCGUGGCGGGCCAGAGAUGGCGCAGCACCACUGCGAUGACUUGAUCUUGUCAACUCUGUACCCCGCGAAGACCGCGGUGCUGUUUGCCGAGGAGGCAGCUCUCAUGCCCAGCACAGUGUGGGAGGAGGUUCUCUUACUGCCGCUUCCGCUUCCCCCCGCUCCCUCCGUCUUCUAG